CAUGCUUAUCGGCGGUUUUUAAUGAAUUUUGUACGUGAAUUUUUUACGUAAAGCUACGUAAAUUUAGCCGCUUUCGCAUUGAACUUGUGUGAAGCGCGGCGCCGCGUUUCACAAAACACAAUACGUAUAAAUAAACGCCUUGUAAAUUAACAAAAAUGUAUAAAUAAACACUGCACGGAGACGCGCGCGACGACAAGACAGGCCUAAAUUUAGUAACAGGCCCGAAUAGCUGAGCCCCGAGUCGACGAGUGCGAAAACGUUGUGUUUGUCGCGCGCAAAAAGACCAGCGUCCCAUUGAGAUGUUCAUUGGACAUUCCGAUUGUGAUCGGAGCGCGAGAAACGCCGGAUGUUGUGCAGAUGGUGGCGAAAAUUGAGUCCGAAGAUUAUCUUGGUAAAUGUCGAAACCGCAGAGUUAGAUGCACGACAACGAAUCAUGAAUGCAUUUUAUUUGUCGUGCAGGACCGCACAGAGAUGUAAACAAAUCAGAAAUCGCUGGCGAUGAGUCGGAGCGUGACUUUUUCACGAGAAACGCCGAUGGCGAAAACGUGCUGGAUCCAAUUACGAUCGUCACAUGUUCAAACCGCAAUAGCAUUCAAUUUGUUAUAUAAUGAUGGUGUAUCAUGUGAUUGGCAUAAUUGUUAAACGAAUGCACUUUGCGACGAUUUUUUUGAGGUGAAUUGCGGGUCUGGCGCUGGGGCAAGGACGCGGCGGACAUCGGAGACACUCAGACUUGACCGGCUAGUGUAAGCCGGUUGAUGUAUUUCGUUAUUCGUAGCUAAUGAUGCGCAGAUAAUUUUAAUUGCAAAACUAAACCGCAGAGUACUUGAACUUUUUAACACUCGAGCCACGGAACGAGUGGAUGACAGUGAUUGUUUUGCGUGAUCACUGGGAUUUAUCGGAAUCAUUCAAGUGUCAAUCGAGAAUUGUGAAUUCCCAUGAAUACGAAAAAAUAAUUCCUUACAAUAAAUAGUAUGCAACUUAUUCUACAAAUAAAAAAAUCGGAAAAUAAAUACAGAAUCUGUCAUAAUUUCGUUACGAUUCUCCAUCUAAAUUCUGAAGUUUUCAUACCACGCUAAUCGUAAUCAUUCCCAUCACUUCCUACCAAAGUGAACAUUCCUGCAAGGUAGUUGAUUUUGAUAGUUGGUGGUUUCAUGAUGAUCGCCCCACCGACGAAAACAUUAAUUAAGAAAAUCGCCUCCCGCACCGUUCAAAUCUUCCCGAUGCUCCUGGCGAUUUCGGACAAUGCCGCCCAGAAUUUCGCUGCACUACCCGAUCUACGCGACCUCAACCAUGGACACAACCCAUAUGUUAGCGAGCAUAAAUACUGGACCACCAGGAGCACAUCCGAGGUCAUCGACAUGGCUGACCGAGCUUACAAAGAGGAACAAUACCUGGACGUCUACGAACUUCUCAAUCGGUUCAAACACAGCGAUAACAUAGAAGUGCAAUGGAGGAUUGCCAGGUCCCUGUACAAACUCUCCCAGGAAGAGCACACCUACCCCACCCAUAUACGCAAAGAGAUGAUCACAGAAGCGUACGAUCUGCUUUUUACCGCGAAUGAUUUCGAACCCAAUCCGAAUAUCUACAAGUGGAUGGCUAUCGUGCUAGACACCAAGAGUGGUUUCGAUGGUUUGGACAAGCGAGUCUUGGCAUACCCGCAAGUGAAAAUCCUUCUGAAGAAAGCCAUCAAGAUGAAUCCGGACGAUUCCACCUGUUAUUAUAUCCUUGGGAAGUGGUGCUUUGACAUGAGUCAUAUGAACUGGGUGCAGAGAAUGUUCACGAAGGUCAUGUUUGGCCCAGUUCCGGAUACCUCAUUGCAGGAGGCAUAUGAUUACCUGCUGAGGUCCUAUCAGAUAAAACAGGACAACUACUACAUUCCGAUUAUGUACAUGCUCGGGGAGAUCUGCUACAGAUUGAAGCAGUAUUUCCGCGCUGAGUUUUAUCUAAAGAGCGCCACAGUUCUACCUCCACGGACCAAAUUUGAAUAUGAAUGCAUGUACAAAUCGAAACGUCUGCUGGAUAAACUGGAACUCUACAACCUGGCCAAGGAGGCAGUUCUAUUCGAAUAUCCCUUCAAUAUAACACCAAAUACCCCGAAUGAUUAACCGAUAAACAAAUACCAACACUUUCGAAUAAAGCGUUCGACCACUGCCA